AUGGACUACCUCACCGACAGACCACAGUUUGUGAGGCCUCAGAACUGUGUAUCGGACAUGGUGGUCUGCAGCACGGGGGCUCCACAGGGGACAGUGCUCUCCCCCUUCCUCUUCACCCUGUACACCUCAGACUUCAGCUAUAACUCUGGGAGCUGUCACCUCCAGAAGUUCUCUGAUGACACAGCCAUCGUCGGAUGUGUAUCGUCAUGGGAUGAGCAGGAAUACAGGACUGUCAUCACUGACUUUGUCAACUGGUGUGGCACAAACCACCUCCAGCUCAACGCCAGUAAGACAAAGGAGAUGGUUGUGGAUUUCCGCAGGAGGAGGACACCUCAGACUGUUCCAGUGAACAUCCAGCGUCUGGACAUUGAGAUGGCGGAGUCCUACAGAUUCCUGGGUGUCCACCUCAACAACAAACUGGACUGGUCAACCAACACAGACGUACUGUACAAGAAGGGCCAAAGUCGUCUCUACCUGCUGAGGAGACUGAGGUCUUUUGGAGUGUGCAGGACUCUGCUCAAGACUUUCUAUGACUCUGUGGUAGCAUCUGCACUUUUCUAUGCAGUGGUCUGCUGGGGGGCAGGGAGCACCGAGAGGGACAGGAAGAGACUGAACAGACUGGUCAGGAGGGCCAGUUCUGUCCUGGACUGUUCUUUUGGACUCCCUGGAGGAGGUGGGUGA